UGGUCAUGUCUUGUUAAAUUGCUUGUUGCCUUCUGCCCACAUAUGUGAAAGAAACACUUGUUGUUCACGUAAUUGGGUUAAAAGUUUAUUAUUAUAUCAAACAUUUGUGUGAGUUAGGGAACCAAAAAGCCCGAAGUUGCUGUUUUGUGCUUGACUGUGUUUUGUUUGUUUCCGAGGGCUCAUUACUGGAAACGAUGGUGAUGAAGACGUGGAAAAGAUACGGAUGGUUUGCCCUGAAAACCUAAAAAAUUUUGGGAAAAGAUCCACGAUGGGGAUGAUUCAAGAAGACUCUGCUGCUGCUGCUGCUGCCUCAAGAAUCGGAUCGGGUGGACGAUGAACAUGUCUGGCGGCGCCCCGGGGGAGGAGCUCACGGAUGAGGAGAAGGAGAUCAUCAACAGCGUCCUGGCUCGUGCGGCCAUGAUGGAGGCCACGGAGCAUGAGAGGAUUGAGCGUCUCACUAGCCGACUGGACAACAUCAAGAAGACGGCGUGUGGGGACGGACAGUCACGCUGUUUGUUGUGUGGGGCGUCUUUUGGACAACAGGGGGUCACGGCUGUCCUCUGUGUGCAGUGUAACAAAAACAUGUGCAGCAAAUGUGGGAUUUGCAGCAACAGCAGGACGAGUCCUACGUGGCUGUGCAGAAUCUGCAACGAGCAGUUAGAGGUCCAGAAGCGUUCAGGAGCUUGGUUCUUCAAAGGAAGAACCCAGCAGGGUCUCCCCGCCCCCCUCCCUCUGUCCAGACCUCGACAGUCCAGCACCGAGGACAGUUCUGGUCCAGGAGACCGUGAUGGAUCACAGGAACCUCCAGCACAUCAUCAGGGACAUGAUCCUCAGCAGCAGCAGCAGCCGUCGUCCUGCGGAUUCGAACAAUGGGAGCAGACAGCAGCAACAGCAGCUGACAGCUCUAAUGAGACUCAGUCCUGUCCAGCAGCUGUAACCAAGACUGAGAGACAUGUGUUAGCCUCCAAACCACCUCGAGCAAACCUGCAGCAGGUCGCCCCCACCUCAGCUCCUGCUGCAGAUGUGGAGGAGACGGCGUCCGCUCCAGCUGUGGAGUUAAAAAGACAACCUGUUGUGUCCAGCUCCAUUUCAUCACAUGUUCCUGCAGCCAGAAUUAAUCCAGCUGUUGAGCCUCCAAUCAAUAACCCCGCCCCCUCACGACCCCCACCUGAUCGGACAGAGGACGAGGACAAUGACUACGACUCAGAUGAUGCCACCACUCUGGGAUCUCUGGAGUUCAGCCUCCUGUACGAGCAGGAGAGUCACAGCCUGCACUGCUGUAUCGUCAAAGCAAAGGGUUUAAAGCCGAUGGACUCAAACGGACUCGCUGACCCGUAUGUGAAGCUGCACCUCUUACCUGGAGCCAGUAAGUCUAACAAGCUUCGCACUAAGACCCUUAAAACCACUCUGAAUCCAGUGUGGAACGAGACUCUGGUUUAUCACGGUAUCACUGAUGAAGAAAUGACACGCAAAACUCUCCGGCUCUCAGUGAGCGACGAGGACAAGUUUGGACACAAUGAAUUCAUCGGAGAGACGCGAGUGGCUCUGAAGAAACUCAAGUUUAACCAGAAGAAGAACUUCAAUGUUUGUUUGGAGCGCGUGAUACCGGUGAAGAAGGCUGUGGGAGGUCCGGCUCGUGGCAUGGCUCUCUAUGAGGAUGACCUGAAUGAGGGUGAGGAUUCGGAGGAGAGGGGUCGUAUCCUGGUGUCGCUGCUCUACAACAGUCAGCAGGGUCGACUGAUUGUGGGCGUGGUCCGCUGUGCUCACCUGGCCGCCAUGGACUCCAACGGAUACUCUGACCCAUUCGUCAAAGUAUGUCUGAAGCCCGACAUGGGGAAGAAGGCUAAAAACAAGACGCAGAUAAAAAAGAAGACUCUGAAUCCAGAGUUUAACGAGGAGUUCGGUUAUGAAAUAAAACAUGGCGAGUUAGCCAAGAAAACCCUCGACAUCUCCGUCUGGGACUACGACAUGGGGAAAUCCAAUGAUUUCAUUGGAGGAUGUCAGCUGGGCAUCCAGGCUAAAGGUGAGUGUUUGAAGCACUGGUACGAGUGCCUCAAGAACAAAGACAAGAAGAUCGAGCGCUGGCACGUUCUGCUAAACGACAACACGGCCCAGUUUGAGGAUUAAGUCGUCUUCUUCCUCUUUUGUGCAUUUUAUUUCUCUGUCGUUCCCUACGGUAGAAUAUAGUCCUCUGUGAACACGGGUACGCAUA